AAAAACAUAAUAGACCCCGGCGCCAGCGGGUUCUCGCCUCUGUCUUCCGUUGCCAUGUCGGAAUCCAACAUCUGACGUUGGGAGUGACGUCGCAUUCCGCCUCCCGAUUUCAACCCGAUAGAAAGUCGCCGAGAUCCGAGCUGCUCCGAUCGAACUCGGCUCAGAGAUCGGAGUGGGAUCUGGGCUCGCGGAUCCGGCGGAGGAACCGGGAGCGAUGGAGAGGAUGAACCAGGCGUACGAGAAGGUCAAGAUGCUGGUCGGCAUGGAGGUGGACGAAGAAGAAGCGGCCGCCCCGUCCGCCUCCGCCGCCGGCGAUUCCUUCAUGGACGAGUUCAAUCGCCAGUGCACUCUCACCACCAAGCAGAGGUUCUAUGGCUUUGCCAUAUGUUUGGCUGCUGGGUUAACUUGCACGCUGUUGUCUAUGCUUGUUUUCUUCCAUCCAAUGAAAUUUGGUAUCACAUUCACUUUUGGCAAUCUGCUUGCUCUUGGGAGCACGGCAUUCCUGAUAGGCCCAAAAAGGCAGGUGAAUAUGAUGCUUGAUCCCGUUCGUAUCUAUGCAACAGCCAUAUAUCUAGCAAGUAUCAUAGUGGCCUUGUUUUGCGCCCUCUAUGUUCGUAACAAGCUGUUAACGCUCUUGGCUAUCAUUUUGGAAUUUGGUGCCCUUAUCUGGUAUAGCUUGAGCUAUGUCCCUUUUGCAAGAUCUAUGGUGUCAAAAGUCAUGUUAUCUUGUUUUGACACGGAGUUUUAGAUAGAUGUAAAUCGGAAAAGUUGUGCAUACUAAGCACAGUCGCUCUGAAAAGCAUCCAGGGAACCAUUCUGCAUUGGCUGUGAUUGGAGGUUAGUCAAUUUAGUGGUUCGUGCUGAAGGUGAAACGUGGAAAGUGGAAUGAAUGUAUUUCUUUGAUGUGUCUUUACUUUUACCCCUUAAGAGCCUUAUCUGUAAUUAAAGGGAAUAGUUGGGGCUUUGGAUUAUUCAUAAUCAUGUAGAGAGUCAAUUCAUUAA